AUGGAAAGUCAAAAUUAUUCUAUGGUAUCUGAAUUUAUUUUACUGGGACUCACAGAAGUCCGAGAGUUACAGAUUUGUUUGUCCGUAUUUUUUUCUAUUAUCUAUGCAGCCAUUGUGUUAGGUAAUCUUACCAUUAUCUUGAUAGUGAAAUUGGAUUCUCAAUUGCACUCUCCCAUGUACUUUUUACUAGCCAAUCUUUCUUUUAUUGAUAUGUCUCUGGCCUCCUUUGCUACUCCUAAAAUGAUAUGUAAUUUAAUCAGCGAACAGAAGACCAUUUCCUAUAAUGGCUGUAUGGCCCAAAUGUUUUUUCUUCACCUUUUAGGUGGAAGUGAGAUGAUGUUGCUUGUAUCUAUGGCUAUUGACAGAUAUAUAGCUAUAUGUAAACCUCUCCAUUACAAAAGUAUUAUGACUUAUCGUGUUUGCAUUGGACUUGCACUUUUCUCCUGGACUUCUGGUUUUGUGCAUACUACAAGCCAAAUGGUUUUCACAGUGACUUUACCAUUCUGUGGCCCCAAUGAAGUGGAUAGUUUUUUUUGUGAUUUGCCUCGAGUAAUCAAACUUUCCUGCACUGACACUUACCUCUUGGAGCUCCUAGUCAUUGCAUUCAGUGGGGUACUCUCUUUGUUUUGUUUCAUAUUUCUUUUCAUCUCCUAUAGCAUCAUCCUGAUUUCUGUCCAGCAUCACUCUUCCAGUGGAUCUUCCAAGGCUUUGUCUACACUUUCAGCCCACAUUACAGUGGUGGUACUAUUCUUUGGACCGUGCAUCUUUAUUUAUGUAUGGCCAUUCAGCAGUAUCUCUAUAGACAAAAUCCUUUCUGUAUUUUAUACAAUUUUUACUCCUCUUUUAAAUCCAAUAAUCUAUACAUUCAGGAACAAAGAUAUGAAGAAAGCAAUAAGAAAAAUAAAGACCACAUUUGUGAAUUCCAGAUUAAUCUUUUGA